CUACAAUUCCCAGGAAGCUCAGCGGCGCAGAUCGCGCUGUGUGGCGGGAGUGCCCUCUGAAGCUCCGCCUUCAUGGGCUGGUGGAGGGAGCUUUCCCGCGGAUGGGUAUGGCGAAUUGUUGGCACCUGGAUGACUAAAUCUUCAAGUUGUCAUAAAUCAAGAUCACAAGCCAAAGAGUAACAUAGGAAAUAAAAAAGACUGGAUCAUUUUAUCAGAUUUUACUGUUUCGUAUACAGAAGGCUAUAUGGGACUAUUUUGCCAGAUUCUAAAUGAUAAAAAUUAGAGCCUUGAAACCCAUAGAAGUCCAGUAUAUUCUGAGGUAAUUUGCAUAUUAAUGAGCAGCAGCAGGAGACACAUCUGGUGUACCAAAAAGACCCACUGAAAAUUAAAUGACACAACAUUCAGAACAACUGGCAGGCCCUAGGGAUUGAAUGCUUCACUUGUUAUGGUCCCAGCAGGAAACAAUUCCACUCUGAGGAAAAGGCUUUAAUGAAAGGACUACCUUCAAAGAUGUGGGGAGGAACAAAGGGAAUGUGGAAAUGAAAGAGAGAGGGAGAGAGAGGCUGGCAGAUGUAAUGAGACGCGGUGAAGGUGUACGCAGACUGGCACUCCCACUCCUCCCUUCUGCUCUCACUGCAGCCCUGGGUAACUCGCAGGCUAACACAAACAGCUUUUCUCCCGCAGCCUGCCCUCUGUCACUGUCACUUUCAUGAAUUCAAAGGCAAUUUACCAGUGAUUUCUGGGUGCUGGGGCUGAUUUUUUGUCCGUAUUUACAUUCUAUAUCUUCUGAUGAGGAAAGAAAAAUGCUUCAAGAAGGACUUUGUGACCCCUCAUCACUUUGUAUAAGAGCCCAGAAGAAUGUCUUCCAAGCAAGCCACCUCUCCAUUUGCCUGUGCAGCUGAUGGAGAGGAAGCCAUGACCCAAGAUUUGACCUCAAGGGAAAAGGAAGAGGGCGGUGAUCAACAUGUGGCCUCCCAUCUGCCUCUGCACCCCAUAAUGCACAACAAACCUCACUCUGAGGAGCUACCAACACUUGUCAAUACCAUUCAACAAGAUGCUGACUGGGACGCUGUUCUGUCGUCUCAGCAAAGAAUGGAGUCAGAGAAUAAUAAGUUAUGUUCCCUAUAUUCCUUCCGAAAUACCUCUACCUCACCACAUAAGCCUGACGAAGGGAGUCGGGACCGCGAGAUAAUGACCAGUGUUACUUUUGGAACCCCAGAACGCCGCAAAGGAAGCCUUGCCGAUGUGGUGGACACACUGAAACAGAAGAAGCUUGAGGAAAUGACUCGGACUGAACAAGAGGAUUCCUCCUGCAUGGAAAAACUACUUUCAAAAGAUUGGAAGGAAAAAAUGGAAAGACUAAAUACCAGUGAACUUCUUGGAGAAAUUAAAGGUACACCUGAGAGCCUGGCAGAGAAAGAACGGCAACUCUCUACUAUGAUUACCCAGCUGAUCAGUUUACGGGAGCAGCUCUUGGCAGCGCAUGAUGAACAGAAAAAACUGGCAGCCUCACAAAUUGAGAAACAACGGCAGCAAAUGGACCUUGCUCGCCAACAGCAAGAACAGAUUGCAAGACAACAGCAGCAACUUCUGCAGCAGCAGCACAAAAUUAAUCUCCUGCAGCAACAGAUCCAGCAGGUUCAGGGUCACAUGCCUCCGCUCAUGAUCCCAAUUUUUCCACAUGACCAGCGGACCCUGGCAGCAGCUGCUGCCGCCCAGCAGGGCUUCCUCUUCCCCCCUGGAAUAACAUACAAACCAGGUGAUAACUACCCUGUACAGUUCAUUUCAUCAACAAUGGCAGCUGCUGCUACUUCUGGACUCAGCCCUUUACAGCUCCAGAAGGGUCAUGUCUCCCACCCACAAAUUAACCCAAGGCUAAAGGGCCUAAGUGACCGUUUUGGCAGGAGUUUGGACACCUUUGAACAUGGUGGUGGCCACUCUUACAACCACAAACAGAUUGAGCAGCUCUAUGCCGCUCAGCUGGCCAGCAUGCAGGUGUCACCUGGAGCAAAGAUGCCAUCAGCUCCACAGCCACCAAACACAGCAGGGGCAGUCUCACCUACCGGGAUAAAAAAUGAAAAGAGAGGGACCAGCCCUGUAACUCAAGUUAAGGACGAAGCAGCAGCACAGCCGCUAAAUCUCUCUUCCCGACCCAAGACAGCCGAGCCUGUAAAGUCCCCAACAUCUCCCACCCAGAGUCUCUUCCCAGCCAGCAAAACCAGCCCCGUUAAUCUGCCUAACAAAAGCAGCAUCCCCAGCCCCAUUGGAGGAAGUUUGGGAAGAGGAUCCUCUUUAGAUAUCCUGUCCAGUCUCAACUCCCCUGCCCUGUUUGGAGAUCAGGACACAGUGAUGAAAGCCAUUCAGGAGGCUCGGAAGAUGCGAGAACAGAUCCAGCGGGAGCAACAACAGCAACAGCCACAUGGUGUUGAUGGGAAACUAUCUUCCAUGAACAAUAUGGGGCUGAACAACUGCAGGAAUGAAAAGAUUACUGGAGCAAAUCCCACUGAGAGAAGAUGCGCAGUGCCGCCCGGCAGGCUUCCCGGCACAGGUUUCCUUUCCUUACAGGAAAGAACACGCUUUGAGAAUUUGGGGCCCCAGUUAACAGGAAAGUCAAGUGAAGAUGGAAAGCUGGGCCCAGGUGUCAUCGAUCUUACUCGGCCAGAAGAUGCAGAGGGAAGUAAAGCAAUGAAUGGCUCUGCAGCUAAACUACAGCAGUAUUAUUGUUGGCCAACAGGAGGCGCCACUGUGGCUGAAGCACGAGUCUACAGGGAUGCCCGCAGCCGGGCCAGCAGCGAGCCACACAUCAAGCGACCAAUGAAUGCUUUCAUGGUUUGGGCGAAGGAUGAGAGGAGGAAAAUCCUUCAGGCCUUCCCCGACAUGCAUAACUCCAACAUUAGCAAAAUCUUAGGGUCUCGCUGGAAAUCCAUGUCCAACCAAGAGAAGCAACCUUACUAUGAAGAGCAGGCCCGGCUAAGCAAGAUCCACUUAGAGAAGUACCCGAACUAUAAAUACAAACCUCGACCGAAACGCACCUGCAUUGUUGAUGGCAAAAAGCUCCGGAUCGGGGAAUAUAAGCAACUGAUGAGGUCUCGGAGACAGGAGAUGAGGCAGUUCUUUACCGUGGGGCAACAGCCUCAGAUUCCAAUCACCACAGGAACAGGUGUUGUGUAUCCUGGUGCUAUUACUAUGGCAACUACCACACCGUCACCUCAGAUGACAUCUGACUGCUCUAGCACCUCGGCCAGCCCAGAGCCCAGCCUCCCAGUCAUCCAGAGCACUUAUGGUAUGAAGACAGACGGAGGAAGCCUAGCUGGAAACGAAAUGAUUAAUGGAGAGGAUGAAAUGGAAAUGUAUGACGACUAUGAAGAUGACCCCAAAUCAGACUAUAGCAGUGAAAAUGAAGCCCCGGAAGCUGUCAGUGCCAACUGAGGAGUGUUUGUUUGCUGAAUUAAAAUACUUUGACAUUUCACCUCCCCUCCCCCAACAAAAAGUUCUUAAAGAGCCCGCAUGCAUUUGUGGCUCCACAAUUACAUCAGCAGAAUGGUCUUAAUUGUUUCGUAAAGUGUGAGACAGAUUAAGUUUUUCCUGAUUUUUCAUGAACUUGAGUUUUUGUCGUUAUUGUUAUUGUUGUUGUUGUUGUUUUUUUAAUUUAGGUGAAGACAUAUUAAAUAUGAGACACCAGGACUUGAAAACUUAUCUCAACCCAUAGCUGUCUUACAAGUCUUAUAUUUUUGUCUUACUUUUUUUUUUUUUUUUCUUUUGGAUGUUGAUAAAGGUUUAAGUUACUGUUUUAGAUGGGGUUAAACAUUCUCACUCAGGUAUGCUGUGCCGGCCUACAGGUUGUGAAUGUGUUUUUAUUCUGAAUUCUUUUAGAGAACAACUAAGGAUUUCCUAUCGUGAAACAGAACCAGUCCACAGCGUGCGCAGCUGCGUGCAGAGCAUAUUCAAAAGGCCUCAGAAUUCCAUUGUUUCCACGUGUAGAGUUCAACUCUGAAUGUGCCAAACUUUUUCAUAACUUUUGAAUCUUAAUAUUUUGAAAGUCUUAAAGGAGACACUGCAAAGUCUUAGACAAUCUUUGGCAUCUUAAGAUAACACAACAAACCACACAUUUUUCUUUUCCAGAAAAUGGUAAAGUACUCAGGAAUCUGGAGACAAGAUAUUGUAAGGAAUGAACAAGGUUGCCACAGUGCAGGUACCCAAUUGUGUUUGCCUCUUGACGUGCCAUCCACGUGUGACGCGUUAUACCGCGCGCGCACCAGAGCGAUCACCACACCAGAUACCAACCUGGUGGUCUUCUCUGCCUGAGACCACCUCUCACUACAUCCAUUAUCCCUUUGCCUUUUAACCCUGACAUUCAGUCUUAACACGUUUUCUCUUAAAUUAUUCAUUCCAGAAUGUCAAGGGUCCACUUACUAUUUAUUUGAAAAAAAAAAAAAUGUUUGUGGCAUUAAUUUAAUAAUUCUUGUUUUUCACCCUCCUUUCCUGAAGACCUUUUUAGCCCCUUUCACCUCCUUCUCCUGCUAGACACAAAAGAUGCACACAGUGAUUUUAUGUCCCCAGUGCAUCUGGACGCAUUUCUGAAACAAGAUACUAUUCAAUACUUCUACUGGUUUUCAAUGUAAACGUGUAUCUGGCUGCAGGGCUGUGUGUUUGGAUACAGGUGUAAGGUCUUACACUUCAACAGAUAUGCCCCCGAGGUUCUCUGUGACCUCAGAAGCUUUGCCAGAAUCCCCUCUAAUUCAGUUGAGCAGCAGUGAUAGGAUCUGCGUCAGCGGUGUUUCCCCCAAAUGCCAUUCAGCAGCAAGGGUCAGCAGUGGUGACCGCCAGGCAGGAGAGUCCUGCAGCCAAACCCAAAACCCAAGGUUGUGGACCAUGGAGGAGGCUACAGUGAUGCUGUCACGGGCUGGCAUCUUCGCACAGAGUUGCCUUGUCACAUCUGGUGCAUCUAGGGAGUUUUUUGUUGUUGUUGUUGUUUUGUUUUUUGGGUUUUUUUUUUUUGCAAAAUCCCCAGGAUGCAAGAAGCCACAUGACAGCCUCCAGGCAAAGAUAGAGGCAAAUAGUCAUGAUACAUCCAGAGAAUGAAAGAAAACCAUAGGGAAGGAGAAGGAGGGGAAAUACAUUCCCUAUAUGGGAUGUUCCUACUGUUAACUCUGGGGAAUGGACGACUUCUGGGGCAGCAGCUGAGCUCCUCUGGCUCACUCCCUCCCUCCAUCCAUGGCCACAUGGGGGGCAUGCCUCCCUGUGAACCAGAGUAACUGCACUGGUCACACAAGGAUUUCCCUGCAGAUGUGCUGAUGGGCUGGGAGGCAGUGAGGUUUCAUUCCCCAUCUCCUAACUCCAGGGAGCUCGGCCAUGCCAUUUUGACCUUCCUGAAACCAGGACUGACUGUGGGGUGGGGGAGGGCCUCACCCGGAGUGGUUCAAUGGGAAAAUGUCAGUUAAUGGGACAGUUCACUUCAUGGGACAACCCAGAAUCUCACCACCAGGACAUAGGAACGGCCCCAUCAGAUUUCUUGAGCCAUUUUGUCACUUGGAAGAAAAUAGUGUACCUUCAUAUUUAUUUAAAGAGUGCUCAAGGCCAUACCUAAUAGCAAUAAAUAGGUCUAGCCAAGAUGUUACUGGCUAUGUCAUUAGCUGGGAGUGCUCUCCAUAAGCUGAUUAAGGUACUGAUAGGAAUGUUUUGUUCUUAGUAUUGGUUGGGGAUUGGAACUUUGUUUUUGUACAUUUAUUUCAAAUGAGGAGGAGGUCAUUUUUUUCUCAAAAGAAAUGAAUAUUUAUUAUUGUUUUACUGAUUUCUGUUGAUUAUAUAUACCUCUCCUCCUCGCUUCAUUCUCAACGUUUUUUCCUUUCUCUUGGACUCUUGCGUUUGCUGUCUCCUCCUCUCUCUUCCUUUUUUAUUUUGUCGCAUAGGUAGAGUGCUGUAUGGCUAGCAUUGUAUUGUAUGUAAUUAAUUUUGCACAAAGGCAAACAUUUAGAAUAGUAGGUUAAUUUUGUUUGUUUUUUAUGACCAUGCCAAAAUAAUAUUCUGGGCUGGUGGAGAACAAAGGACUGUUCUUUAGGACUGAAACUUGAUUUUGCUUGUAGUUAAAAAAAAAGAAAAAGAAAAAGAAAAAAAAACAACAAAAAACACACACACUCACAGAUGUUGUUUCGUAAGUGUUAUAAGCACUGGAUAUAAAUGGUAUUUUUUAUCACUUCUGACUAAUGUGAAACUUGUAUGAAAACUACACGAACAAAAGUCAUCUGUUUCGACUCGUGUGGGCUUGCCUCACAGUUGCCGGAUUUGAGUCAUUUUUAUGUCUUGUUAUUUCAUUUAUUUAUGCAAAAUACAUGUGUGUAUGAACACUUUGUUUUAGCUCCAGCUCUGCCUCAGUACUGGGGUGCAGUCACUUCUGGCCAUGUUCUUAAAAGUGAAAGGCUAUUCAGGAAUGAUCUGAUUGUAAACGUCUCUUUCAUUGGGUCAAACGGCGAUGCUGUAUUUGAAUCUAAAUUCUGUGCAUAAGCAGUUUACUCUAUUUAUUAGCCAAGUUUGGCUCUAAAUAUCCAUGGAAAUUAAGAAUGACAAUCAUAGGGAUCACUUCGUUUUAUUUUCAGUGGGGCUUAAACAAAGUUUUUAUUUACCAUCUCAUUUUAGAUUUUUCUAAUUGUGUAAAUAUAACAUAGAAAUAGAAUUUAUUUUUGGUUCAUGAAUACGUAGUGAAAUAUAAGUUACGUAUUUCCUUUUUGUUCUCUCUCCGUAUACCUUGGUCCAGACUAGAAGUUGACGAGUCAGUGUACCUCAUGGGGAUAGUGAACUAGCAGCCGCAGUGAGAGAGCAGUGUUCCACCCGCAGCUGGGGAAGCAAAACCCUUCACUCGGGUUCCCAGGCAGUUUAGAACCCACUGUCCACAGGCUCAGACUUUUACUUAUUUUUUUCUCAUAGAAAGUCGAUGAAUUGAUUAUACUAAAUUUCCAGUACAGCUGGGGAAGAGUCAAUUUGCUUUUGUAAAUCCACAUAAAUCUUCUAAGGUAGUUCUGCGACCAUUUACUAGCAAGAAGCAUGAAUGCCUCCGAGAUUGACCAUUAAUAAAAGUCCUACCAUGCCAAUUAGAUUAAAGAAUGCUAAUCAACUGUUUUCAGUGCUUCCUAUUUCACAGUAUCUUCACAUCAAAGAAAAACCAUCUCCAUGUUGUUAAAGAACUUACAGGAUCAGGAUUUUCCUUGUCACUUAGGAUAGGGACACUGGCGCACAAUCCUCUCCUAAAAAAAAAUGGACCAUAUGGGACAGGAAGGAAGGAAGGGAAAGGAAGGAAGGAAGGAAGGAAGGAAGGAAGGAAGGAAGGAAGGAAGAAAAGAAGGAAGGAAGGCAGAGAAAGGAAGGGAGAGAGAAAGAAAAGGUCAAUCCAUGGACAGGAGCAGCCAGGCAGGCGGUUUCUCUAUUUCCUUGGCAGAGGCGAUACAGUACCUUCUCCAGGAAGGUAAGAAAGUUAUGUCGUUUUCACGUGUAUUCAGCUCAGUCUUCCAGGAGCACAUCAGUCUGCUUCAUUUGGUGUUUGAGACUCGCCAGCCUUGUCCUCAGGCCCGAUUCAUUAUGCCAGGGUCCCGACACAGUCUCCCAGGCCAAGUUCUAAAUUGAGGUGUGGGCUCACAGUGCUGUUGAGCUUGUCAAAUUCUGGCCUCCCCUACAUUAGCCCCACUGGAGCCUGGGGUGUUUGAAAAGGGUGUGAUCACUCUAGGGCUGAAAUUAAAGGCUUCUUUCUUUUCCUUAUGAAGCCGGACUGCUUCUUCGGAGCACACCCUCCCAAGCCAGGAGCACCAGGCACUAGCUGAAAGCAGGGAUUAUUCCGAGGAAGCCCAUCUACCCCCAGUAGGAAGGCAGCCUGGUCACUUGAACACCACAGGCAGAGGCUGCUUCUCCCAAUUUACUCAUUCUGCAAAGAGCUGACCUCGACCUACUCAUUAGGGAAAGGAGAAAGAGUCACUUAGUAGUUUUAAACCAUAUGAGAAGUCCUGUUCCAAGUGCCAACGACUACAACGAAUGCAGCUAGAGGAAUGUAUUGAAAUUAUUACUGGGUCUUCCUUUCUAAUGAGAAAAAUGACAAAAAUGGUUGCUGUAGCCUUGCCUGAUUUUGUACACGUUUGUCCAAGGACUGAGUUGGCACUGAAGCUCACUUCUCAAAGUAUAAUAAUAUUGUAUGACCUCAUCUGUCCCUUUACAGAAACACCUGCAUCAUUUCCUUAAGCCAUCUGCCCCCUGACAUGUCUUCUUCCUUAAUAAACAACUUCUAUCUGUUACUCCUGCUGAUUACGUUCUGUUUCUGAUGCCAUAUACUGUUGAGCGUAACCCUCUGCUAAUAUCAUUGCAAAUAUCGAUAUGCAAGCACAUUUCCUUUUCAUCCCCAUCCCAUCUUUCCUUCUGGGGACAGAUUGCUUUCCAAAAGCUCACGAACAAGUAGUGGGAAUGCUGGUACCUUUGGGGCAGGGCUAGAGGAGGAGGUGGGGGUGGGGGACAGAAAGGUAAUGCUGAGUUCAGAUACUCUUCCGAUUGGAGUCCGUGGCUAUAUGAACGCUUGACGGUAACUCAGUGACAUAUCUUGCUCAGUAGUUUCUUAUUCCUGAAGAACCACAAGCAUAAGGUGAGGCCUCAGUGCUGGUGCUCUUGGAGUAUGGGGAAUGUGCAAAUAUUUAACUGUUUUGUAUGCUGCACAUUGCAGAUCUGCUCAUGUGCAUUCUCCGUUCGUCUUCCUUUGUCAUACGUGUUUUUGCUUUUUUUUUUUUUUUUUUUUUUUGGAAAGUGCAGUCUUUAUUGUACCCUUCUUCAGCUUGUAGCAAAUUAGAAUGCUUAGCAUUUAUGUUCAUUCAUUAUUGUAUUUGCCAUGUAAAAUUUUUAUUACCUUAGACAAGCUUAUAAGCUGUUACUACAUAACUUAUCUUACUGUAACUCUUUUAUUUCCCGACCUUGUAAUUUGUUUGUGAUGUAUAUUGUGAGAUUGUAUUCUAUGUUAAUUUAAUCAGCACAAUUCACUGACAUGCUGGACUGACAUGCUGGCUGCUGUUUCAAAGUGUAAAGUUUGUGUAGGGCUGUUGGGACAACUGUGGCUUGUUGUUGAGGUACUGUGCAACACUGCGGGUGUAGCCCUUAACGAUGCUAAGGGCAUUCACUACACCCUCGAGCAAAUUUAACUGCAGAUUUUCUUUGUAGAAAUUCUAUGUAUAACGCAGGUACCUACUUGGCCCAUGGCUGGUAACUAUUUGGGCAAUUAGAAAAACAAAAAAAACAAAAACCAUAAAAACUAGUGUCUAUUGCUGCUUUGAAUAUGUUUGAAAGUCUGAAAAUGUAAAUAAUUUAUCAAAAAAAAAAUCUUGUACAGUCCAGUGUAAAGUUUUUAAAUGACCUUAAGGGUUACCAUCACAUCUCUCUCACACUCUCCUCUUAAUCAUGGGAAAAAAAGUUUGCUAAGGAUUAAAGAAAUGGGGGAAAAAAGAAUAUCUUCAAAUUUAAAGGAAUGAAUCAUUGUUCUUAGCUUUGUUGCAUACACACAUUUCUUGGAUUUCGUUGUGCAGUAUUGACGUGAGAUAAAACUCAACAUUGAAUAAUCUUUCAGUGGUACUUUUCAAAGUCUUCCCCUCCUCUGCCUCAUAAUUAAGGGAAAAGACAAAAUUGAAAGACGCACUGUCUUUAUCUAUCCUGGUGUAUGUUGGCACCUUAGCUACUUUUUUUUUUUCUUUUUGCACAAGGUGCUUUCCUGAUAUGUUAAACAUGCCAUCUUUGGGUGAUAAUGUAUAUGCCAUGAAGGGGCCCUGGCCCCUCAGGGGAGUGUCUAUAAGAACCUGCCUAUUUAUGCUCAUUUACCUCAAGACUGUCCUCUCUACCCUUAAUCUAGUCGUCAUCACUCCAUCUUUUGUACUGCUGUUGACACUUACAAAUUAAAGAUAAAUUUUGUUUUAUGA